GCCUUAUUCCUCUCUCUCGCUGCGACCCGGACCGCUGCCGCCAACGCCCUCGCGGCUUCUGGUGAAUCCGCCACUCCGAGUGUUGAAGCUCGUCCGACGUCACUCUGCACUCGCUCAAACCCGCUCGACCCUCGUGGCGAGUUCGAGUCGAGCAGCCGCCACAGCACGAGCACAGCUAGCCCGCCGCUCUGAUCAGCAGCAGUAGCGUCAAGUCUUGGAGUCCCUCUGCUCUCUCUACACUCCCCUCCGUGACUUCAGGCCGAGAAAAUGCCGCACAUCGACAACGACGUGAAGCUGGACUUCCAGGAUGUCCUCAUACGACCGAAACGAAGCGAGCUCAGUUCCAGAGCUCAGGUGGACGUUUCGCGAACGUUCAAGUUUCGCAACUCGAAACGAGAGGUGACCGGGAUCCCGAUCAUAGCCGCCAAUAUGGACACGGUAGGGACUUUCGAAAUGGCCGUGGAACUACGAAAACACGCGCUGUUCACGGCCGUGCACAAGCAUUACACUAUCGAACAGUGGUUGGAGUUCGCGAAGAAAAAUCCUGAAACCGUGAAGCACGUGGCCGUGUCGAGCGGUUCGAGUGACGCGGAUUUCGAUAAACUCCGGGACAUCCUCGGUAGCAUUCCGGACAUCGGAAUGAUUUGUCUAGACGUCGCCAACGGAUACAGCGGUCCGUUCGCUCGUUUCGUCCGCCGAGUCCGGGAAGAGUAUCCGGCACACGUGAUCUUGGCUGGCAAUGUUGUGACCGGAGAAAUGGUUGACGAACUCAUUCGCUGCGGAGCGGACAUUGUUAAGGUUGGAAUCGGACCGGGCUCCGUGUGUACGACUCGCAAGAAGACCGGAGUCGGAUAUCCCCAGCUGAGCGCGGUCCUAGAAUGCGCCGAUGCUGCCCACGGUCUCGGCGGCCAUAUCGUUUCCGAUGGCGGCUGCACAUGUCCGGGUGAUGUGGCGAAGGCUUUUGGCGCCGGGGCCGACUUUGUCAUGCUUGGCGGAAUGCUGGCCGGGCACGAAGAGAGCGCGGGGGAUCUCAUCGAGAAGAAUGGGAAAAAAUUCAAAUUGUUCUACGGCAUGUCCUCGGCCACGGCCAUGGCCAAGUACCACGGGGGUGUUGCCGAGUAUCGGGCGUCAGAGGGGAAAACCGUCGAGAUGCCGUAUAAGGGUGCGGUGGAGCACACGAUCCGUGAUGUGCUCGGAGGUAUCCGAAGCACCUGCACGUAUGUCGGAGCUGCUACCAUAAAGGAGCUCCCUAGACGUACGACGUUCAUCCGAGUGAGCCGUCAGCUGAACGAAAUUUUCAGGGGCCAGGAAGUGUGAAUUGAUUCCUCCGGGACUCCCAGUGUGUUGAAAUCGAUUGAGAAUUUUAUAUUAUGAAGAAGGAAUAAAUCUUAUCAUUGUUUCU